AUGUUUUGUUGGUUUGAUGAUGUACGUAGUCGUUUAUUUUCAACAUUUCGUACGAAUAUAUUAGUAUGGGAAAUAAAACCUGAAGGUAAAAAUCGUAUUAUUACACAUGAUCGUCCAAUUGUUGCUGCUCGAUAUCUUGUUAAACAUAAACAAGUAAUGAUUGUUUGUCAAGCUGGUGAUAUUAGUUUUUGGUCAUUGGAAGGACAAAGAACGAAUCGAUUUUCUGAAAAAAAUUUCAAAGAAAAUAUAGAUACAACUUGUUUAGCUUUUGAUGAAUUUGGUGAGAAAUUUUAUACAGGCGGAAGUGAUGGAAAAAUUCGAAUUUGGAAUUAUAAUGGACGAGUUACACGAAUAUUAGAUGUUGGUAAUAGUACAUCCGUUGAAAUAACACAAAUUGAAACAUUAAAACGACGUAUUCUUGCUGUUGGAUGGAGCAAAUAUUUAGCUGUUUUUCGUGAUUUACAACAAAUGGAAGGAAAACCAGGUGUUCCAACAGAAUGGAAAGGAGACAAAAAUGAAGAUAAAAAAGAAGGACAUGAUGAUGAUAUUGUAUGCAUGAGUGUAACAACAUUUUCUCCACAAUUACUUGCAACUGGUAGUAGUGAUGGUGAAAUAUGUAUAUGGAAUACUUCAUCAGAAUUAUUUAUUCGUCGUCUUGAUCAAAGAAAACGUCCUACAAAUAAUAGUCAAACACAAUUACAAGACAAUUCAGCUGAUUUUGCUAUAACAACGCUAUGUUUUCUUGAUAAGCGCAUUACAUCAAUCACUAGUAGUACAACAGGAGCUAAUUUAUCAUCAUGCGGUGGUUUAGGCUUUGUUCGCUUUUGGAAUGCUCAUACAGGAAAGCUCAUAGGAGAAUUUCAAGCACAUAAUGAUGUUUCAACUAUUAUUAUGGAAAUCGAUGCUCGAAAUAAAUAUUUAGGAACCGGUGAUCUUAAUGGUCUUGUUAAAAUUUGGGAUAUUGAACAGUAUUGUUUACAAUCAAAUUCAUCAAAUAUUGAAACAAAUUUACCAUCUUUAGUUACAGAAUUUACUGCACAUUCAGAUUCAAUCACAUGUAUUGAUUUCUUAGAAAAAGAUACACGAACAUUAAUAUUAACAUCAUCAUCAGAUUGUAGUGUCGUAUUAUCGGAUAUAAAUGGUAAUGCUUAUGGUAUAUUUGGUCAACCACAUCAAUGGCGUUUAGAUGUUGAUUUAUCGAAAAGAAUUGAUGAUGAUUUACAAUUAGUUCAAAGUCAACAUGAUGAUGAUUCUCAUGAAAAUUCAAGAAUAUUUGAUGAUGAUUCUCGAUUAGGAUUAGGUUCAGAAUUUACUAAUUCAUUUGCAAUGACUGAUGAAGAAAUGUUAACUAAACGACCAAAUGUUUGGGAAUCAACAUCAAUUGGUGUAAGUUAUCAAGAAAAACGAACUAAUCGAAGACAACGUAAUCAACCAACUUUAAUAACGACAAAAGAUUAUGUACUCUGGGAGAAAACAGGUUUAGCACCUGGUGGAGCUUAUGGUUCUCUUGAAACAUAUGAACCACCGGUAAUACCUGAACAAAAAAAAAACACGGAUGAUAAUCGACGACGUCCAGUCGCAACAACAAUUGGUGGAAAUUUAAAAUCUGCUUUUGAUGAACGAUCAAUAUUUCCAAAAUAUAUUUUGGAUUAUGAAAACAAACAACGGCAAUUAUUUGAAUUGACAAAUCAAUCGCAGCCAUCAAAUACCAUAUCAUCACCAACAACUAAUACAAAUCCUCCACUGCAUAUGCGUCAAGCAGCUGAUACAUUAUUGAAAUUAAAACGACAAAGCUCAACAUCAACUCCCCUCAAUGACCAAAAAGCCCAGUGA